CAUUCAACGCAAACAGUAUUUCCGCGCUACCUAAUGCGUUCGCUCAUGUUAUUCCAUACCUAUUCCUAUAAAACAAAAACAGAAAAAAAAACACCUAUAAAUUCAUAAUAGGUAAAAAGUAAUAAUCUUACUCGUACAUAUCGUGUUAAAAAAUUCGAUAACACUCAUGCGGUUUUGUUUAAAUCGAAAAUAUUCACACAACAGGUUAACCCGUUGACCUUCUUUCAACACAGUUCUCUCGGUACCUAUAUAGUGCUUUCUACGAGUAUGUAGCUGGUCGAAUGUAUGUACGAGUUCGAGUACGCGGUUACUCCAAAGUGAAAUGUUUCGUGUAAUCUGCGUCGUGUUAGUUAGUUUGGCGGUAUCGGCAGUGGCUCAACGGUCGCCGACCAUUUCGUACAUCAGUCAGGAGCAGAUCAAGGAUAUCGGAGGUUCGGUCGAGUUCGCUUGUUCGGUCCAGUAUGCGCAAGAUUAUCCGGUAAUAUGGGCCAGAAUCGAUAAAUCCAAAACAACCGAACCUGUUCAUCUUAGUUAUGGUACGACGCUUGUGUUGAGAGAAUCACGAUACAGGGUUCAAUUCAGAAACGAUACGUCUACCUAUACCUUAUCAGUCGGAGAGAUACAAGAAACCGAUGCUGGGUAUUAUAGAUGUCAAAUUGUCAUCAGUCCGACGAAUAAAAUAACGGCCGAAGUCGAAUUACAAGUUCGUCGACCUCCUAUCAUAUUCGAUAACUCGACCAGAUCUCUGGUAGUAGUCGAGAGUCAAAACGUUACGCUAGAAUGCUACGCUGGAGGAUUUCCACCGCCGACUAUCUCAUGGAGAAGAGACAACAACCAAAUUUUACCCACGGGAGGAUCCGUUUACCGAGGCAACAUAUUACCAAUCGGAUCGGUGAAUAAAGAUCAUCGAGGAACGUAUUACUGCGUAGCUGAAAAUGGUGUUGGAAGAGGAGCGAGACGUAAUAUUUUCAUCGAAGUGCAAUUUACACCUGUGGUGACUGCGACGAGGAAACGUGUCGGGCAAGCUUUGCAGUUCGAUAUGGAUUUAGAGUGCAAGAUCGAAGCUUACCCACCACCGGCCAUAGUUUGGUAUAAAGAAGGCGAUACCAAUUCCAUUGCGAAUAAUCAACAUUACUUAGUUUCUCAUUUUACCACCGACGAUGAAAUUACAUUCACCGUGAUUCGAAUCAUAACCAUUGAGAAAAGACAAUUCGGUAAUUAUACGUGCAGAGCUAUAAAUAUUUUUGGACAAGCUCAAGCCAACAUCGAACUGUUUGAGACUGUUAUUCCCAUGUGUCCUCCGGCCUGUGCUGGGAAUCCGAGUAACUGAUGGAGAAGCUCCCAUUCUUCGUUUCAUUCUGGAGUCAAGAGGAAUGGUGUAGUACACGGUACUGGAUGAUAUUAUAUCCUACCCAAUUUCAUUGAUUCUGAAAAAAGACUCGAUUAAUUUAUAACUCGAAUAUUGUAUUAUGUAUAUUGUACAUGAAUGGUAUGUGUUCACCAUGCAAUGCCUUUUUAUUUUUUUACUCAUUUUCAAAUAUAUUUUUUAUAUUUUUUU